CAAGUACUGGACGAUGGGACUGUGCAACUGCACCAGCUGGUUCACUUUGUUAUCCCGCCCAAUACUUAAUCUCAGGUCUUCCAAGUCCUGGAGUGUGUCUUGCUUGCUUUGACGCAGUGUAAGGAGAUCAUUAUACAAACAUCGUAUACUAUGCAAAGAUCGAUGCUCCCAGAAUUCUCGGAAAAUUCUUCGGGACUAUUCGUUCCAGAGACUGCAGAUGUUGAUGAAGAGCCCCGACCGUACCUUCCUCGUGCAGCAUCAAUGCCAUCUCUGAGUUCUCUUCUUUACGGUGAUAUGGUCGAACCAUUGGCACCCACGGCCUCGUCUGAAUCCCAGUUUGAUAGGUUCACGUAUGAAACUCAGGGAGGCAUCGACCGGGACAGUGGCAGCGGAAUGACUCUUCGCAGUCAUUCCAAUCGCCACCGUUCUGCUCAUCCCCGAGGACGAACUAGUCGCCACGUUUAUCCUCGAGUGAGAAAAAACCAUGCUCCCUCUCUGGAAAAAUUCUUCCACCAGAUCUUUCGCUCAUCUGGUGCAAAGAGCGGCUCCAACCUCGAAGUGAAUCCACCGAUUGCCUGUUCACAUGCACAAAUCCCUCGGGGCCUUCCCAAAUUGGAAUCAUCGGAACUCGCUGAAGACUGUGAUUUCGUGAUGAACACUGGCAUGCGUGAUCGAGGCAAGGAGGUUAUACUCGCGGAAGGAGCAUCCAGGAGAACGGAAAACGCCAUUCCUUCUCAGAUCACAGCAAGUUCAAGUUUUUCUGACCCCGUUGAUUCCGUUGCCGAAGAGCUCGCUAACAACUGUGCGAUUGUGGAUGCAAAUCAGCUGCACGCUCUCCAACACGAGCCUACUUCCCAGGGAAAGCCUGACUUUGAUGACUUUGAGAUGGCAUGAACUUUUAGGAGGCCAUUGUUUCCAUUGAUGAUACUGACCAAGUGGCAGUAAACUGUGUCAAGGAAUAUGCAAAUCAGCUGCAGGCUCACCCAUUUUAUCUAGCAUGAUGGUUUCUUAUUGAAUCACCCUCUUUGUCGAGGAGGCAACUUGGUGAUGUAUAUGGUUGCUCUAAAUGUAUUCCGCUAGGCGAUCUGAUCAUGUUUCACUUUCUCCUAGAUUUAGAGAAGCAUGCUCUGUAUUGUAAUGCACUAAAAUAUUAUUGAGAGCUCUGAGAAAUUUUAUGCCA